AAUUUUUAAAUAAAGAAACCUCCUGUUUGAGCGUCAGUUGGGGCGGAACCAGCGGUGUCUCGCUGCUCUGCUGGGGGGACGGGUUUGUCUGUCGGACUAUGAGCUGUUUCUGGUUGGUGACGGUGGGACUUUAAAGGCUGUUUUCCCUGAGCAAGGAUGGAAAUGAAAUGUGGCGGGAGUCGUUGCUGAAGCUGGCUGAACGCGCCCGAAGGUUGAAAAAGAGAGAUCCCACCCUGAUCCCAUCUGCGAACACUAGGUCCUCAGCACUGCAGAUUGCAGCUCUUCGAGUACACUUUAUCAUCAGCCAUUUGCUGCUUUUGAAGAAGAUGAUUAUGAAACAUGAGCUGGAACUCUUUCCAGGAUGCACUGUGACACUUCUGUUGUUUAAAGAUGUUAAAAAUGCAGCAGAGCUUCGACAAAAAGCUGUGGAAGGAGCCAUAGAUGGGGCUUUAAUAAAUGCAACAAUGGUAGUUGACCCAUUUCAGAUACUCGUGGCAGCCAACAAAGCAGUUCACUUGCACAAACUGGCCAAAAUGAAGACACGUAGUCAUUCUGAAAUCAUAUUUAAUCUCUCUCCAACGAAUAAUAUUUCAGAUGCUUUCAGAAAAUUUGGGAUUUCAGAUGGUGACUCUGCUCUCCUCAUUGUUCUGGUGGAUGAUGGAGAAAACAAAUCAAAGUUGGAAGGUGUCAUAAGCCAAGUAAACGGGCAGCAGAUCUCUGUACAGGAUAUCUCAAUAAUCACUGACGUGGCCAAAAUUAAAAAGUUUUACAAAAUAGCUCCUGCUGAAGAAAAAGUUGGAAAUUUAUUGGAUGCAAUCGUUUGUCGGAUGAGUGCAAAAGAUAUUCUUUGACAGCAGAAACCAUGCUGCUUUAAGGAGGUUCUUUGCAAAUAUUUUUCUGCAAUAGAGACAGUAGCGGUGUAUAAACUAUAACCUUUAUGAUUUUUAAUGUUUAUUAAUGUACGUACUGUAUCACGUUUGAGUUUAAAUCCAAAUGUGGAAAUAAGUUUGUAGUGGACAAUUAAUUCCAGUAAAUCCUGUAACAACAUUAAUGAGCAAUAUUGCAAUAAAGACUUCAGGGUACUGCAGCUUUACAAUUAACAAAUGUACUGGCACACUUCAAUACAGCCAUUUCCCCAGCAGCCCGAAGGAAAAGGAUGGCAUUGGAACUCCAUUACCUUUGCACCUCUCAUCACUCUAGCUUGGAUUUGGAUCACAUGUCAAAGUCCUGAAAUUUCUUGCAUCACUAUACUGCAGGGAUAAUUGUGGAUGACCUGACUCUUGUUGGUAAUUCCCUGAGAAUGAAUGAAUGAAAAAACUUUGCAGCUGCCUGCAUUUGUCAUGCAACUUUUCUACAUUCGUCACAUUUGCCAAUAAAACCUGGCUAUCAUUCCUUAUAAAGUACAAGUUAAUCAUUCCUUGUAAUGUAGGCCUUCGACAAAAAUAAAUUUUGCAUUGAAUCGCUCCAUUCUGGUGUUGACAUGACUUUGCUCUCCUGGCAUUCAGAACCCUGCCUUUCUGUGUUUUCCAAUUUGGUGAUGCUGAUCAGUUACCUGAGUUAAUUUCAGGUUUAGCUCUCAGUGGUGCCAACCUUUCCAAAAAAAAAAAAUUUUUCUGCCCUCUCUUGAGCCAUCCUAGCAACUAGACAUAUAAAUUUAUUUUUCCAGCUAUUCACAGUUUAUCCUCGGAGAAUGGAAAGAUGGAGGAGUUGUAUGGAAAUAAAGGGUCUGAGAGGAAACAAUGGCAGAGGAAAGAGGCUAAGAUUGGAGGGUGGGGGAAAAAUUGAAGGGAGUGACCCUACUUUACAGAGAUCAAUCAUGACUGUUAAGAAUGUAAAGUUAUAGGGAGAGAUGGGGGCAAAGAAAGAGUGACCAGAAAAAGAAUAAUUGUGAAUGAGAAUUUAUGAAGAAGAAUAAGGGGAAAGAAAGAGAUGCAGGUGACCAUGGAGCACAAUUUCAGAAUGAGGAGUAGGUCAUUUAGGAUUGAGAUAAGGAAAUAUCUCUGCACCUUUGGAAUUCUUUAUCGCUGAUGGGGUCAUUGUGUUCAUUCAAAAUACAGAUUUCUGGAUGUUAAGGGAAUUGGCAGUUCUGGGGAUACAGUUGGAAAAUGGAGCUGAGGUGAUCAAUCAUCAUGAAUGGUGGAGCAUCCUUGGGAGUUUUCUCCUGUGUCUAUUUCUUACAUUCUUCCAAGAAAGGGAUGUUUUUCAGAGUGUCUUUAAAUUAAAACUACCUUGUAUUCCAAAUGUAAGUCAUUUGAGCAGCACUGAAACGUACAUUUUGUCUCCAUUCAUUAAAAAAAAAGUGUCUUAGAAACCAAAGGAAACUUUUUCUUAAGAAACUCAGUUCUUUUAAAAUGAAACAUAAAUCAUACAAUGAUUUCAGAACAAUUUUAAAGUAAACUUCUAUCUGGAACCAAGCCACUGUUGUGCCAUACCUGACAAGAUAAAAUGAUGUUACAAAUCAACUUGCUGUCUGUGGUGUUAGUAUUAAAGUUAAGCAUUUUGUCUUUGUGCAGAAGAUCAUAAAUGGACAAUAAUAACGUUCUGGAUUGUUCAGUGGAAUAUAGUAUCUUAUACUGUGUGAAACCAAGUGUUGGCUGUUGACUCUGAGUGCCAGAAGUUUUAAAACCAGUUUGAAACAUUGGAAUGGAAGCUUCUCAGAUAGCAAUGCAUGUAUUAAAUUCAAAUAGCCUCAGUCCAAUGCAAUUCGGUGGUAUAAAAAUGGGGAGCUGCAUUGCCAGUAACAGUAUGACCAGACAGUAAUGCCUUUUAUGGUAAGAUGAAAUGCCUUAUUGGAGUACAAGAGUUUAAGGUUAAGGAUACGUCUUGAACAACAAGACUGCAGCUCAAGCUGUGUCUGAUCCAAUGUGCAGAAAUGUGUAAUACAGCAUUAUAAUCAAGUCAGUAAGAAAGUUGGUAAACAUCUUCAUUAAAAAUUUUGAAGAUUUCUUGUA